ACUACUACAACUGCUGCUGCUGCUUACUUUUCAGUUAGAUUAUAGCACUACAUGAAAGUUGAAAAUAUUUAUUUAUUCAUAGGGGUUAUAAAUUGGCGUGUGGUAUGUUCAAAGGCAUUGGAGUGUUAUAAACACCUUAAGAGAUUGAUCUCAAGGGGGAAGGGAUUAAUUUUUGGUCAUGAGAAUCCAGAAAGGGAACUGAUCACCUGACAGAGGUAAAAAGUACAGUGACUGGAGACCAAAAUUUAUAUAGAAUCCCAGAAAGAUUUUUUGGAGUCUGCAUCUCUGGUCACUGCACUAUCAUUUCAUCUCCCACCAGAUGUUUAUCAAGGACACCUCAGUACUGAGUCAAGGUAGUGUGGCAGGUAUGGUGCCUUUGUAUUUGGCUUAAUAAUGGAUCAGUUUUGGUCUUGAUUAAUAGAAUUGUCAAAUAAAUUAGGAAAACAUUUAAGAAUUUAGAUAAAAAACGUUUAACACCAUGUAGUAAGAACUCAUCCAGAACUUACUUCUUACAUGUGGUGUUAUUAUCUUAAAAAGCACGUAGAACAAAUUGAAAAUGUUCAGAGGAGAGUCACUUGGCUAAUACCUGGUCUUAAAGGUUUCUCAUUUAAUGAAAGAUUAAAGGAACUGCAGUUAUUCACUUUUGUAUAUAGAUGUUUACAAGGUGACAUGAUGAGUGCCACAAGAUAUAGACUGAACUUCACAAUGGAGGAGUGGCCUGUGACUCGUUUGAUCUAAGAGAAGAUACACACAACAGAACAUCGAUACAAGAUUCUUAGAAAGAGGGCUUUACUGAAUAUAAGAAAAAUGCCUUCACCUACAUAACAGAUCUAUGGAAUAAUCUCCUAGAACAGGUAGUCAACACCAGUUGAUGUAGUACUGCUUUUGAAAAAGUGCAUUACUAAUCAUUGGACCACAUCUCCAUAAUGAUGUUCAACAUUACCUAAAGAAGAGCCCCUCCCAAGAUGUCUGAUUCUGAGACUGAGCAUCCCUCCAGUAUAAGUAAAGAUUUGAGGGAGAGUGAACCAAGCACCAGCAAGGAGAAGCAAAGGGCCAAGAAAAGGAAGAAGAUGAUCUCAAGCAGUUCAGAGGGAGAAGAGGAGGAGGAGGAGGAGGAGGAGGAGGAGGAGCUACACCACCAAGCCACCAGUAGUCGUGUGAGUGCUGCAGAAUUGUCAGAGGAAGAGGAGGAAGGUGCUGUUGGUCCUGUUGAUGAUCGUGCUGCACAUGAGAACCUUGCUCUCACUGAAGAGGGUGAUGAUGAUGGAGACUCGGUGGAUACGGACAGCAGCAGUGAAGUGCCUGGAGUAGAGACCUGUGCCAUCUGUCUUGGGCGCAUGCGAGGGGAGGUUGGUUCCCCAGAGGCUUGUGAACACACUUUCUGCCUCAUCUGCAUUCUGGAAUGGGCCAAGACAAAUCCUUCGUGCCCUCAAGACCGCAAGGCAUUCACCAAGGUGUUGGUACGACUGACCCUGAGGAUGGAGGACGUGGAUCGGGAAGUUGCUAUAAAAAAACAGGAGUCUGAGUUGGUUCUGAUCCCUGAAACUGACAACCCCACCUAUUGUGAGGUGUGCCAUGAGUGUGACCGGGAGGAGCGACUGCUGUUGUGUGAUGGGUGUGACCUGGGCUAUCAUCUGGAGUGCCUUGAUCCUCCACUGGAUCAGGUGCCAGUGGAGGAGUGGUUCUGUCCUGGCUGUACAAGUGCUGACCUUCCUUCUACAGUUAGGGCUCGGCAAACACCUCAGGGUGAGUCUAGCACUUCACGAGAACGGCCCCGCAGACAGCCAUCCUCUUCCCAACGGCCAAGGCUCAUCCCACGCACCAGAGCCACUGAGAGGGUGAGGGACAGGAUCAUUAGGAAGCGCAGAGAGAAACGCAAGAAACGCAGACUAAACAGAAAACGCAAAAUUGAGAGUGGGGAAAUUGAUGACCUAAGACCUGCUGUUGACUGCAAAGAACGCCUCAUGUUCUUUGGAAACAUUGACAAUGAGGUUCCUGCUGAAGAUGCGAACGACACAUUUGCUGACCACCUUCUGGCUGGCGUGUCAGAAUGGGCCAAUAGCAGGAAUCCAGCAGUCCGGAAGAAUGAUGCUGUUAAGAUUCUGCGAGAUGCUGCAUUUACUCCCUCAACUAGCUAUGCAGGAAAGGCAUCAAUGGCAGUCAUAAAUCGUGUUAACAAUCAGGCAGAGGAAGCACGAGAAGAUGAUGUUUUGAGUAGCAUUUUAGAGAAUCAGAGUAUUGUUCUCACUACCUCCAAAAAGCUGUCUUUGACUAGUGAUAGGAAACUCAAGAAAGAGGGUGAGGCAAGUGAUGCAGAGUCCUUCAGUCUAAGACAGGAAGAGAGCUCUCUCAUGACUGAGCCUCUUCCAUCUAGGAGAUCCAUACAAAAGGAUGAUGAGGAGAGGGAUACAUCCCAGGAAGAUGACCAAAGACACUCCAGUCCCCCAAGAAGAACUCCUCAAUACAGCUUCUCUCAUCACCCAUCUUACUCCCACAAUUCUAGGUAUGGUCAUUCAUCACGAGGAUUUGAAUUCAGUCGUAGACCACAAAGAGAAGAAAGAGGAUUCAGAGAAGAAAGAAUACAGAGGGAAGAGAGACCAUCUGGUAUAGUGCACCAAUCUCCUUUGGAAGACAGGCGCAGGUCUCCUCCCAGAAUGUCUUAUCAACGACAAAUGCCUUCUCAUCAGUUUAGGAAUCAGAGAAAUGCCCUGCCUAAUAACAGGAACCGUGAUCCUCAUGCUCGUUGGGAUGAGAGACAAAGAUCACAAAGGAGUCCACAAUGGAAAGAUUUUGGGCAUAGGCAAAACCCUUCCAGUGACACUCGUUGGGGUCGUAGACACACUGAGUCAUCAGGAAGCAGUAUUAGAGAGCCCAGCAGCCAGGAAAGGUAUGGAAGGAAUGGGAAAGACAACAGCAAAGAAAAUUCCAGCUACAGAUCUCACCGGCCUUCAUCAGAUAAAAGAGGCAGUAGCCCACCCUCAGGUGUGCAUGAUAAGUACCCACGUAGGAGUGAAGAUGGUGAUAAGCAUUACUCUUGGAGGGAGGAAGACAGACGUAGAAAGGAGGAAAGAGGGUACCACCGCCAAUACCACCAAAGGGACCACUCUCACCACAGGGGAUACAGGUCUUCCUAUCGAACAGAAAGAGAAAGUCCAUCUUCUCGCUCUUCCCAUCGGUCACGAUCUUACUCUAGAUCACCAGGUAGGUCAAAGUCACCAAUCAGGUCAAGAUCACCCGCUAGAUCACGAUCACGGUCACAUUCCAGAUUAAGGGAAACUCACAGCAGGGAUCGAGAUGAUGCCAAAAGGAGGAGAAAUGCUCACCAGCACUCAAAUGACAAUAAUAAAAGUGCAUUCAGAGCAAGCAAAAGUCCUGUGCCCCCUGAGGGAACUUUGAAUGACAGUCAACAACAGAGUGAUAGUAGAAUCACUCCAGGAAAUGACUGUGGCUCUGAUGUCAUAUGCUCCCCUCACUUCUCAAAGGUUCAUGAAAAAUCAAGAGAACCAUCAUCUGAGUUACCUGAUGGUCCACCAGAGGACAAAUUCAUGGAAGCAAAGUCAAGGACCAUCAAGAAUGAAAUCCAGGAACAGAAAUCUAUACUUACUGAGAGAUGUCUUAAGGUUCCUGAAGAAGCUAAAAGAGAGAGAGAAGAUAUCAAGAGUGAUAAAACAUACUGUAAUAGUGAUGUAACAGAUCAAAAACCUGUGCCAGAGGAACUGAAGAAAGCUGAAAUUAGGACACUAGGUAAGGAGAAAAUAGGAAGUGACUUUGGUGUAAAGACUGAAGAUAAUUUGCUCAAUGAUACCAAGAGUAUCAAUUUUAGUGUACAAAGUAGCUGUAAGGGAGACCAGAAAAGGGACAGAUUUCAUGAGGAUGCUGAAGGUGCAAACUUCAGAAAAGAUGGCAGUGGAUCUGAUGCUCUGGCACUGCAGAGUAUUGAUUGUACUAAAGACACAAACAAAGAGGAGCAACAAAGUAAAAAUGAGAUUAUGUUUAAAGAAGAAAAUCAACCAGAGAGAAAAAAGAGAAAAAAGUUUCUGUCAGGAUUUUAUGGAAGAAUUUUAGAGUAUACCCCAGAGGUGGAACUUUCUCACUGGGAUGAAAAUUCUACUGAAGAUGCUGCUUCACCUUUCAAAGUGAUUAAAAAAUCUGAUGUCAGUGAAUCAGACAAAGGUAUUUCACUUCCAUUUUCUUUGCAGAGGCUUCUGCCUGGAGAAGGAAAUAUUGCUGGGGAAAUUGAUGAUAGGAUAAAAAACACAAAGGAAGAGAAUCUGAAACAUAAAUCAGACUCAGACAACAGACAUGAAGAAGGGAAAAAUUUAGAAGUACUGAAAAAUAAAGGCCAUGAGAUACAAAAGUCAGAAAGUGUAGGCAUAGAUAACAUUAAGAAGGAGCAAGAAAAUACGUCAGAAGAUAAACAUCACAAAAAAAAGUCAGGUCACAAGACAUCAAAGGUGGACACUAAGCCUUCUAAUAGCAAACCCAAGGACAGUGUGUCACCAUCUUCUAGUCAUUCUACCAUCCCAAGGAGCAAGAGUAAAGAAAGAUCCACAGACAAAACCACCAUGGAGUCACAAUCUCAAACUCCAAUGAGAAAAGAUAGUUUAGUACACUCAAGUGCCAAACGAGAAAGAACCCUAAGCACUUCUCAAACAUGUGACAACCCAUCCACAAAGAGUUAUGAACAUAACCACAAAAAAGAAUCUGCAGAAAAAACAGAAGACUUUCAGAACAUUUUUGGUGACAUUAGUGAUCUUUCAGACACAGAUUCUGAUGAUAAGAGGAAUAAAAAAUUACUGAAAGGCAGUUCUGUCAUUGAAAAAUCAUCUGAAAAGCAGAAAGAUUCCCAAGAAACAAAGCACAAGUUCAUGCAUGAUAAAGGAAAAGAGAGAGCCAGAAAAGUUGAUCAUGAAAAGAAAAUUUUGAAAGGUGAACAUCCUACAAAAAAUCAGAAGCUGGAGGGUACUGUAACAUCAGGUAUGACAUCCACACAGAAAGAGAAUACAAAGUCAAAGAACCAGGGAAAGGGGAUAAAAAAUGCAAAGCCCAACAAGGGGCAUGUUUUGGAUCUCUUUGGGGAUACCUCUGACAGUGAUAAUACUGACAAUGUUAAGAUUGAAGAAAUGAAACUACCAGAGAAACUAGUGAAGUCCUCACCAUUCAAGGGUGACUGUUCUCAUAGGAAAGGGAGAGAAGCCACUGAUAUUCAUAAAGGAAAGGAAAGAAGGUCUGAAAAGGAAACUUCUUUUAACAGAAGAUCAUCAGAAGAAUCAUCAAAGUCAUCUUCAGAGUCACUCAAGCAUGAUAUGGUUCAUAAAAAAGGAAGAGAAGCCACAAACAGCCAUAAAGGAGAAAAUAGAAAGUCUGAAAAGGAAACUUCUCCUCACAGGAAAUUGUCAGAGGAAGCAUCCAAGGGUGAAUCUGGUUCCAGAAAGGAAAAAGAAGUCAUGGACAGCCAUAAUAGAAAAGACAAAAAAUCAGAAAAAGAAGCAUACCCUGACAAGAAAUCAUCAGAGGAAGUACCCAAAUCCUCCUCAGAGCUACUUAAGGAUGAUUCUGUCCAAAUAAAACAAGGAGAAGCCACUGACAGUUGUAAAGGAAAAGACAUAAAGCCUGAAAAGGAAAUAUCCCUUCACAGGAAGUCAUUAGAGGAAGCAGCCAAGUCAUUACCUGAGUCACCCAGAGGCAAUUAUGUUUCUGUUUCCGGAAAAGAAGUCUUGGAAAACUACAAAGAGAAAAACAUAAAGUUUGAAAGGGAAAGUUCCCAACACAAGGAAACUUCAGAAGAACCAUCCAAUUCUUCCCCAGAGUCACUUGAAUGUGGCUUAAUUCACAGUAGGGGAAGAGAGGCUGCAGACAGUCAUAAAAGAAAAGACAAAAGAUCAGAAAGGGAAGCUUCCCCACACAAGAAAUCAUCAGAAGAAUCAUCCAGAUCAUCUUCAGAGUCAUUCAAGCAUGGCUCUCUUCAUAGGAAAGAAAAAGAAGUCUCUGACAGCCAUAAAGGGAAAGAUAUAAAGUCUCAAAAGGAAUCCUCCCCUUCCAAAAAGUCAUCAGAGGAACCAUCUAAGUCAUCCUCAGAGUUAUUUGAAUUUGAGUUUUCUCACAAGAAGGCAAGAGAGGUCACUGACAGCCAUAAAAGAAAAGACAGAAAAUCUGAAAAGAAAAUUUCUCCACACACUAAGUCAGAGGAAACAUCCAAGAUCAACUCUGAUCGUGGAAAAAUAAGAGAAGCCACAGAUAGCUAUGAAGAACAAAAGGAUGAACGUUCACAAGAAAAACAGAAAAAGGUACCAGAAAAGCCACUGAAAGCUGAACAACCCAAGUCUGACUCUGGUACUGAUAAAGUAAGAGAAGCCACAAAUAAUCAUGAAGGACAAAAGGAUGGAUGUUCACAACAAACAGAGAAAAAAAUGUCAGAGAAACCAGGUAAAGCAGCAGCCUUAGAGAAUCAUGAUCAACAUGCUGACCACAAAAAGACCACAGAACUUACAGACAUCUCCAAAGCUCAACCAGAGAGAGACAAAAGGCUCACUCAUACAGAAGACCAUAGCAAAAGGAAAACUGUGUGUUCCUCAUAUGGGGAUGAGGACCCUCACAACAGUAAGAAGAGGAAGUCCAGCUCAAAUCCUGGAGGAAAAAUACAGAGAGAAAAAGAUCAAGUAAACAAAACUGAGAGCAAGUCUUUAGUUGCAGCAGCCUCUUCCCUCCAGUCAACUAGUCACUCUUCAGAUAGGAGAGAAAAGAAAGAUGGUGGUGACUCACAUGCCAAGUGUGAUGUGGCCUUUUGGCAGCUGAAGGCAUCACUGGAGUUGAAGGUGGUGACAGAGGUGAAGAAGUGGCUAGACCCACACUACCGGGACAAGAGCAUCACCAAAGAAGAGUACAAGGAAAUUGUGGCUAAGUGUGUCAGUAAGGUUGUGUCAGCAGAGUGUGGAGAUGUGAUAGAGAGUGAGAAGAUGCACUCCCUGGUAGAGGGUUAUGUGAAGCUGUACAGACACCGGCGGGCCAAACUACAGGCACCCCAGUCCUCCUGAACCCUCAGACAUGGGAUACAUUAUUUGUGAUUAUGGUUUUGUUUUCACCAAAGUUGAAUAAUAUUUUAUAAAGAAAUUCUAAUAAACUACAAGUAAGUGUAGUGAUAUAGAAAUUAUGUCUAUUUGCUGUGUUACCUUCUGCAGUGAUUAAGAUGCUACAGUCGAAGGAUAUUGUAUGUACAUGAGUGAGAUAUGUAUACUGUAAUUACUUUGUGGCAUCAGGAAUUGGCAAGUCUAUCAGUGCCUGUGUGUUGCAAGCAGGUGUGAGUGCUUCCACAAGAGAGGCUGAGCAGAUGAGAGUUUGGAAUAUUAAUUUUCUUUUUUUUUCUUUCAUUUCCUUUCAAAAGUGAGGUCAUAGGUUAUACCUUGAGACUGAAGCUUGUGUGCAUUUCAGUUCCAGUGUUAAGGCCUGUUGGGUUGUAUGGAAUGAGAGUGUGAAAGGAUAUAAAUGAAUGGAUGUGUGGCCCAUGUUGACUGGAUGAUGUUUUCCUUUUGGAGUGUAACUUUUGUUAAAUCUUAACUCCUUACCUUGUGAAGUGCAUUGGUGAUUCAUAACAGACUGGGGAUUAUUUAAAUUAUUUUUUAUAUUAUAAGCAAUUUCAAAUUGAUUAACUCUUUUGUGAUUUGAACAGCUGUACAUAUAAUUAUUUGCUUUCAUAAUAAUGUUUUGUUGACACUUAUUUAGCAAUCAUAUGCAAAUUGUGUAAAAAUUCUAUCAUUUAUAGAGAUGAUUUAACUACCAGAUCAUAUAAUGAAGAUAUGUAUUAUUUUAUGACAUACAGGAGCAGAUGUUCCUGAAUUAAUCAAGACUGUGAUUUAGUCAAAUCAGAGCAUUUCUAUAUUUUACAUUUGAUAUAUGUGGCCCAGAAAGGAAUUCCUCACCUGUCCAAAUAUGAGGGAUGGCUUGUGACUGACCACACCAUCACCAUCACCACCACAGUACCACCCCUUACCACAAAGCUGCACUAGAAGCUGGAAGAAGAAAACAAACCAUUAACUCGGAUCAUCUCAAGGGAAAGGAGAUGUGCCUUAGCUUGGUUGUGCCUUACUUGCAGGGUUGUCUGUCUGUCUUUUGCAGGUAUUAGAUCACGCCUCUUGACUUAAUGUGGCUUCACAACAAACAUUUCAUGAGAUAGUAGUAGUUCUUUACUUUCUCUUUUCUGUGUGAUUAUUUCAUUCUUUUAGAGAAAAUUAAAUACGAAAACAACUGCUAACUCUUAAUUAGUUCUAAGCAGUAGUCAAUAUGGGCAUAUGUCACUUUUUAGCACUUGAAGAUGACAUUGUUAUCACGUGUGUUGACACCAGAGAUCAAUGUAUUUUUUAAGAUUCUGUGAUUCCUUUGUCUUAAUAAGGUUUUAGAGAAUUUUGUUACAAUGUGCAGCUUGAAAGCAAGAAGACUGCAUCUUAAAAGAAAUUUGUUACUUUGGCUAGAAGUUAUACAUUUGUUUGUAGUAUGUGCAGAGUUUUAUCAGAUUGAAAUGUAAUAUAUAUGGGUAGUACAAAGGAAAUGUACAUAAUGUGAUAAAAAAUGGUUUGUU